AAACCGGUAAAGUCAGAAGCGAAGCGGCUAAAAGUUAGCAUCGUCUCGCUGGUUCUGAAGCUCCGAGCCGAUCUGAGCCGGUCCGGUCCGGUCCCGUCGGUCCCGGCAACAUGCAGGCGGAGCUUCGGGCUCCUCGGCGGCGGACCCGGGUCCUGGAGGAGUACGAGGCCCCGCUGCCGGUGGGCCGGAGCCCGGAGGAGGAGAGCCACUUCAGGGCGGAGCUCCUUAACCAGCACGUGCUGCUCCGUGACCCGGNACAGACAGUCUCUCAGGCUGAACUUGUGUUGCUCUUUCAGGGUUAUUUUGGUAAAGGCGUUCUGUCCAGAGCCCGACCGGACCACGGCAUCUCUGACCAAUGGGAACAACACAAAGGUGUGUUUCUGCCGCUGAUCUCACAGUCCAGGUAUGAGGAGCUGCUCAGGUGGGCGGGGGCAUCUCUCGCCGCUCAGGGAUUGGACGAGGAAACUGUCAAUCAAACCCUGCUCAAACUGUCUGAGCCAGUGGAGAUGGAGGACGUGAGGGGGGAGGAUCAGGUAGAGAACGGACAGGAGGAGGCAGGGCCAGAGGGCGGAGCCUCUUCAGGCAGGCAGAGGGCAGAGCCAGAGGUUCACCUGGAGGCCGAGAGAAGCUGCAGGUUGGAUCCAGACCUCGACUCUGACUCCAGCCCAGGUUCUGGUCCUGAUUCGUUCUCUGACUCUGAACCUGGUCCAGGUUCUGGUCCUGAUUCAUUCUCUGACUCUGAACCUGGUCCAGGUUCUAGUUCUGGUUCCUUGGUUCCAGGUCCUGGUUUUGUCCUGGUGGUGUCUGACGAUGAGGCUGCGGUGCGGCCCAGGGAGGUCCGACGGACUCCACUGUCGCUGUCGGAGGACCUGCAGCUCAGUCUGGAGGAGGCCUUCUUCCUGGUCUACGGUUUGGGCUGUCUGUCUGUCCACCUGCAGCAGGAGCCCCUGUCAGUCGUCCAGCUGUGGAGGAAGUUCCGGUCGCUGCGUGCCGACUUUGUCAGCUCGUACGCAGCCUAUCAUCACUUCCGCAGCAGGGGCUGGGUCCCCAAAGGAGGGGGCGGAGCCAAGUACGGCGUUGACCUCAUGCUGUACAGGAAAGGACCACCGUUCUACCACGCCAGUUACUCGGUGGUAGUUGAGCGUGCUGACGAUGGGUUCAGGGGCUCAGCGCUGCGUCCGUUUUCGUGGCGCUCUCUGGCGGCUCUCAGCAGGAUCACCGCCAACGUCUCCAAGGAGCUGAUGCUGUGUUACAUCAUCUACCCUGCCGACCAAUCAGAGGCGGAGCUGGACUCACCUGAGUGCCUGAGCAGACUGAAGGUUCAGGAAGUGAUUGUCAGCAGGUGGGUUUCCUCCAGAGAGCGAACAGAGCAGGAUGACAUCUGAUUGGCUGACAGGAGAAGCUGACGAAGUCCUGAAGAGAUGAUGUCACAAGGAGGCUGGUGAUGUCAGCCACAACUGAGCCAAUCAGAAGGCAGAAGACAAACAUGGACGCUGAAGGAGAACAUGACCACCAGUAAUCUGUGAUGUUGGACUGCAGGUUCUGGUUCUGAACCGUGAACAGAUGUGGUCCAGCAAGUUCACUUCUGAUGCUUCUGUUCAGGUUUCAGUCAGCUGACCCUCCAGGUAACAGGUAACCAUGGAAACUGCUGGACCAUCCAGUCAUGUUGCUCUGGAAGCUGCUCAUGUCAUUCGUCUGUGGGGAGCAUCUUCUGGGAACCAUGAACGUCACAGUGAGUCACACGUUGUCCCAAAACAUCACCAGAACUGUCAGAAGCUAUCGGCCAGAGGAGGCAGUCUGAGUUCCACUGUGAAGGAGUGAAGCUGAGCCAGAUGCUGAGGAGCAACGUCAGUGAAUGAAAUGUUCCAAACAGCUCCAAUAAAAUGGAUUUCAUGAUGUUACAGGUUCACUGCUCUGAUUAAACACAACUGUAGAGAAA